AUGCUAGGAGGCACCUACACUGGGUUGGUGGCUACAGCAGCCCUCCUCUGCCUGCUACAGGCAGGAACCAACGCAAGCAUUGAAGGUGACGGCUCAUCAGUUACCAGGACAGAUGCAGGGACCUGCACUGUCCACAGCAACCCCCACUACAGCACCUUUGACGGGGCCAACUUCCGCUUCGUGGGACCCUGUACCUACGUCCUGACCCGGGUGUGCUCGCCCUCUGCACCCUCUGAGACACCCCUGUCCCACUUCAGUGUGGAGGUGAAGAAUGAGCUGAGAGGGAACUCCUCCGUGUCUGCUGUUCAGCAUGUCAAGGUGGAAGUGGAGAACCUCAGGGUCUCCCUGCACAAGAGACAAAACCAUCGGGUCAUGGUCAACGGCAUUUGGAGGAAACUCCCUCUGAGCCUCAAUGGUGGCACUGUCAACAUCCAAGGCAACGCCGCUUCCAUCGUUGUGGAGACAAACUUCAACCUUUUUGUAUCCUACAACGACGCCGGUGCUGUCCAUAUCACCGUUCCCGUAUCGUACUCCGGUAAAGUCUGUGGCAUGUGUGGGAACUUCAACCACCUGAGAGACGAUGAUUACCGCACACCUGGCAGUUCCGAGGCCGAAGACUCUGCCACAUUUGGACAGAACUGGCAGAGCGAGGCCUGUGACUUGACCGUCGUCCCCAUUGAGUGUCAACCAACUGAUGAGGCGGAGUAUGCCAGCGAGCCAUACUGUGGGUCCCUGAUCUCCAGGCAUGGGCCUUUCUCUGGCUGCCAGUCUGUUCUGGGAGCAGAGAGCUACUUCCGGAGCUGUGUGGCGGGGAUGUGUGGAGCGGAUGGUGACCCAGAGGUGCUGUGUGAAGCCCUGCAGUCCUACUCCGAUAUGUGUCUCAAGGCCGGGGUGCUGGUACCAGCCUGGAGGAACUCGACCAUGUGUCCCCUGGAGUGUGGUGCGAACAGCCACUACAAUGCCUGUGCUAAGGGCUGCCCUGAGGUCUGCUCCAGCAUGGAUAAUCAAGGGGCGUGUGGGAGGUGUGAGGAGAGGUGUGUGUGUGACCCAGGCUUCAAGCUCAGCGGGGGGAGUUGUGUACCUGCAGAGGACUGCGGCUGCUGGAUAAAGGGAGAACACUAUGAAAGAGGAGAGACGUUCAUGGAAGGUGAGUGUGAUCGUGUGUGCCAGUGUAUGGGUGGGGACAGACUCCAGUGUGCUGCUUCCUCCUGUGCGGCCGACGAGGUGUGCAAGGUCAAGGAAGGGGUCAAUGGUUGCUUCCUCUCCAGCCCAGCAACCUGCCACGUCUACGGAGACCCCCACUACAUUACCUUCGACGGCAAGGCAUACACCUUCCAGGGGGGCUGCAGCUAUACCUUGGCCAAGACUUGCGGCGGACACACACCCGUCCAGUUCUCAGUGACGGGCCAGAACUGGAACCCCAGAAACGAGAGCAGUGCCAAGCUGGGCGCAGUGGUUCUGGAGACAAGCGGUCUGCAUGUGAAGAUGCAAAACUACAGUGCCACAGUGAACCAUGUUUGGCAGCAUCUUCCUGUUACAGUAAACGGCACAUACGGCGAGGUGAAGCUGUAUAAGAAGAAGCAGUACACUGUCAUGGAGACGACUUUUGGCCUCCGGAUGCUGCUGGACGACCAGAGCAGGCUUUUCCUGCAGCUGGACGAGCGCUACAAGGGUAAGAUGUGCGGCCUUUGUGGUACCUACUCCGAUGACCAGGGGGAUGACUUCCUGACCCCUAACGGCACCAAACCCGAGACCAACGUGGUCACGUUCGCCAACAGCUGGAGAGUGAAUAGUCCGGAAGACGAUCGAUGUGUUGCUUCCCCCCCUGCCCCCCAACCAUGUGACUCCCAUUUGGAUGAACAGGGCUACCGUGAGUGUUCCAAAAUGCUGCGUGAAGCCUUCAAGCACUGCCACCCCUUCGUCCACCCCACACCCUACAUCGACAGCUGUAUGUCCGACCACUGUGCCUCCGGUGGGAACAUGCAUGUGACAUGUGACUCCCUGAGGUCCUAUGUGACCACCUGCGAAGUGGCCAAUGUGACCCUGCCUCCCUGGUGGAACGACACCGCCUGUGAUAGUCUACCUGGACCUCCCACAAUACCACCAGUUACUACACCUGACAAGGAACUUUGUCCUCUAGACUGCAACUUUGACAACAGCGAGUGUGGGUGGGAGCAAAUUAUUCAGGACAGUUUUGAUUGGAGGAGACUGAGAGGCCCAACCCCAUCUAACCUCACAGGGCCAACCCAAGACCAUACCACAGGAGGUGGCUCCUACAUGUACAUUGAGGGUGACGGUGUUUACUACGGAGACUCUGCUCGUAUGAUGAGCCCUAAGUGCCAAAACAGGCCGGGCCAAUACUGCCUGCGCUUCUGGUACCACAUGUACGGACAGGCCACAGCCAUGGCUCUCAAUGUCUACCAGCUUGACCAGCACAACGGAAACAAAAAACUGUGGUCCAAAGCCAACAACCAGGGCUCCACAUGGUAUCCGGCAGAAGUGGAUAUUAUAAUCGAUGGGUCAUUCAAGAUCAUCAUGGAGGGAAUACGAGGCUCUGACCCUCGGUCUGAUGUGGCAUUUGAUGACGUCUCCAUCCACUAUGAAUCAUGCUCAGGUUCUUCAAUUGGUGGUAUUAGUGGAGCUUCAGUUCCUUCCUCAGUUGAUGGAGGAGUGGCCCCACACCCAGUCUGCAACCUUGAUUGCGCUUUCGAGCAGGACCUCUGCGGUUUUACCCAGCUGAUGACAGACGUUUUUGAUUGGACAAGGCACAGUGGCUCAACCCCUACUGCCAUGACUGGGCCAUCAGCUGACCACACAAAAGGAAGUCCAUUUGGUCACUACUUGUACAUCGAGGCCAACAGUGUGUCUAACGGAGACACGGCUCGCCUCCUUAGCUCUGAGUGUUCUGACCCCGGUCCUCAGUGUCUGCAGUUCUGGUACCACAUGUCUGGCUCGGCCGAGACCAUGGGUCUGCACGUCUACCUGCUCCAGGGCCGCUACGUGGAUGGGGUGUGGGGGAAGAUGAACAACCAGGGAGACUCAUGGCAACGGGCUCAGGUGGAUCUGAUGACCACUGGAACUUUCCAGAUCAUCUUCGAGGGCCACAGAGGCACCACUGAUCAGUCCGACGUGACUAUAGAUGAUGUAUCUCUGCAUCGUGGACGAUGUGCAGACUUGAUUAAGCCACCAACACCAACAGAGAAACCUGUACUCCCUCCAGUGGACAAGUCCACCACUGCACCAACACCAAGACCAACAACUGCAAGACCAGAAACACUAAGACCAACAACUGCAAGACCAGAAACACCAAGACCAACAACUGCAAGACCAGAAACACCAAGACCAACAACUGCAAAACCAGAAACACCAAGACCAACAACUGCAAGACCAGAAACACCAAGACCAACAACUGAAAGACCAGAAACACCAAGACCAACAACUGAAAGACCACGACCACCAAGACCAGCAACUGCAAGACCACAACCGCCCACCACAGCAAGACCAACGCCAUCUUGCCUAAAGAACAGCCAUUACAUGUCCUGCAUCUCCGCCUGCCAGCCCACCUGUAAGCACCUCCACGGCCCUCCGGACUGCCGUGCUGACGAGCCCUGUGUACAGGGUUGUGUAUGUGACGACGGCUUUGUUCUCAAACAGAGGGUGUGUGUGCCCAUCCAGCAGUGUGGCUGUGUGGGCAGCAAUGGCAACAGUCAUAACUUUAAAGAGAACUGGUACACUGAGCACUGCCAUCAAAAGUGUGAGUGUGAUGAAGGCGAUGGUGUGGGGGAGAUUGACUGCGACGAUGAAAAUGGGUGUGAUAAGGAUACCGUCUGUUUUCAGAAUGAAGCCGGACAGUAUUUCUGCAAGUCAACAGACUUCAGCGAGUGCUCUAUCAAUGGAGAGCCAGAGUACAGAACUUUUGACAACAUGAAGCACGACUUUGAGGGCAGAAACUCCUACAUUCUGGUCCAGACCACAGGCCUGUCCAAGAACCAGCCAGACGUCUACAUCGAGGCCAUCAUUGAGAUCGUCAACCAGGAUGGUGUUGACAGUCAUAGGGACAGUAGGCAUGGUGACAGUGGUCAUGGUGACAGCAAUGAUGAGGAUGACAAGCAUAAAGACAACAAGGAAAGGGACAGCAAUGAAGACAGCCAUGAUCACAGCAAAGAGAACGACAACCGUCUGCGACUCAGAGGACUGAAGAUCAGAGUCUAUAACCACACAGUGGAGUUCAGAAACAACAGGAAACUUGUUCUGGACGGUAGGAGCACCCGUGCCCCUGUCUCACCAGCAGGUGGUCUGAGGAUUCUGGAGCGUUCCUCUCGUAUCUACCUGAAGACAGACUUCGGCCUCUCCGUGGAGUUUGAUGGAGACAGCAGAGCAGAGAUCAUCCUGCCCCAUACCUACAAGAGGAGGGUGGGCGGCCUGUGUGGCAACUUUAACGGCAAGAAGAAGAACGAUAUGAUGAAGCCCAACAGCAACCAGGCCAAGAGCAUCAAGGAGUUCAGAGAGAGCUAGAGAGUGACGGAGAACAGACUGAGCAUAACAUGGAAAGGAUCGUCUUCCCUUCGUAACGUUGUCUAUGGCCAGUGACCUCACCUCCAUGCAUCAGGACCAUUGAUUGUGUAAUAUUCUUCUCAUAGGCAGACACUUUCCUUCCUACAAUGGACACAGUGUAUUUGAAAGUACUUGGGUUAAACAAAAAAAAGCUUAUGUUUUUGUGGACUGUGUGGAAAAUAGAUCAAUGAAGUAUUCUACUUCUUCUAUAUGACCGUUGGUUUAAAUCCUGUUGCUACUGCGGCUUAUGACCCACCUGUAUGCCUUCUGAGAUCUCUUUCAGUCUUACUAUAGGUUCUUUGCACAGUUUAUGAAUCAAUGUACAUAAGUUACAUAUUUGUGUAUUACUGCUAAUGUGUACUAUAUAUUCAAAAGCCCACAUUCCUUUAGCUUUAGGCUGAUGUCCAAUAGUUCAGUGACUGUAAUGUGCAAUAUUACUGUAUGAUAAUAGAAAACUAUGUAAACAAAGGAUGCAAGUGUUUUAGCUGAUGUUUUA